CUUAUCUUCUAGGGAGAGCAGAGGCUGCAGGCUAUAUAUUUUGCAUUUACAGAAUUGAUGUGGUCACUUUCAUCAACCUCUUCAACCAGGACCUGAGUCCAUUCUCAGAGCAUUGGAGUAAAUCGUGAUAAUGGACAAAGAUAGGAACUGGGUGGGUGAGAAAAUCUUGGAUAUAACACUCGAGAUCAUCUUUCUGCUGACUGGAGAGGCUCAUGUUGUUGUGAAGAAAUCUGAUGACAAUGUGUCACCUAGCAGCAACCCUUAUGUGUCAAAAGGAUCCUGCAGGACCCAGUGCACCAGCAUGGUGCCUACACCUCCCUCCUUGAUAUAUGAGAGAAACAAUGAUCAGAAGAUGCUGGAACUGACCAAUCAGAUCAUCAAGCUGCUGACUGGAGAGGAGUGGGAGUAUUUAGAAGGGUGCAGGGAUCUCUACAAAGGUAUGAAGAUGGAGAAUCGAAGGCCCCUCUGCUCACUUGAUAAAUUUGCAUGUAGUGGAUUGUACACUUCUUCUGUGGAUUCUUUGAAUAAUUCUGGAACAAAGGAUGACACUAUAAAUAAAACUAAUGAUGGAGUAAAAUGUCUGAAAAUCAAAAAAACAAGAAACAAAAAGUCUACAUCUGUAACAUAUAUUUCACAAGACUAUCCAUCACGUGAAGAUAGAGAUAACAUAGACACAGACAUUUCUACACCCAUAGAACAUCCACAGACAGAAUAUCCAUUUUCUCCUAUUUCGGAGGAACCAGCCUCAUGUAAAGAUGGAAAUUUCACAGACAUUUCUACGCCCACAGAACAUUCAUCUACUCCUAUUAAAGAGGAAUCUGGAUCAUGUGAAGAAGGAAAUCUCACAGACACUGACAUCUAUACAGAGACAGAAGAUAUAAGUACUGUUAUUAUUAAGGUUGAAUCACUCUCCUCUGAUGAAGGGGAUCUCAUGUACAUGAAUGAGUAUACACACACAGACCGUACUCAGACAGAAGAUAUAUGUAAUAUCAUUAUAAAGGAGGAAUCCAUGUCAUGUGAAGACGAUCUCACAGACAAUGAAAUGUAUACACCUACAGAACAAACACAAAGAGAAUAUCCAUCUAAUCAAAUGAAGAAGGAACAAACCAUAUGCAGAGGAGGAAAUGCUAAUCGAUAUACUCUUACUAAACACACACAGACAGAAAAUACAUUUGGCUGUAUGGGAGGCUAUAUCAAUUCUUCCAAAGGAGGAAAAAUCUUCUUUUCUGAGUCCGAACUUCUUAUACAUGAGAUGAAUUGCAGAAGAGAAAAACCAUUUUCAUGCUCUGAAUGUGGGAAACAUUUUAGUCAGGUGUCCAAUCUUGUUAAACACCAGAGAAUUCACACAGGGGAGAAACCAUAUAAAUGCAAUGAAUGUGGUAAAUGUUUUACAAUGGCUGCGAAGCUUGCAUCACAUGAGAGGAUUCACAGGGGAGAGAAACCAUUUAAAUGCACUGAGUGUGAUAAAUGUUACAACUUAAAACAUGAUCUUAUUAGGCAUCAGAGGAUUCACACAGGUGAUAAACCAUUUAAAUGUGAUGAAUGCGGGAAAUGUUACACUAGAUCCGAACAGCUUGUUUCGCAUAAACGGAUUCACACAGGAGAUAAACCAUUUAAAUGCACUGAAUGUGACAAAUGUUUUAACCUAAAGUGUAAUCUUAUCCGGCAUCAGAAGAUUCACACAGGAGAAAGGCCAUUUAAAUGCAAUGAAUGUGAUAAAUGUUACAAGAGAGCUGCAGACCUUGUUUCCCAUAAAUGGAUUCACACAGGAGAGAAACCAUUUAAAUGCAAUGAGUGUGGGAAAUCGUAUAUCUGGGCCACAGACCUUGCAUCACAUAAAAAGGUUCACACGGGAGAAAUUCCAUUCUCAUGCACUUAAUACUGAGAUGUUUUACAGAUAUCUGUUCUUUAAGCCGUUAUUGUGCAACAUGAAGGCAGACAAUACACUUUUAACAGAUUUUCGUUGGAAAGAAAAAAGAUUCAGCCUAAAAAUGAGCUACUAUAAAAGUGAAACUAUAAUACAUUGAUUGCAUAAUGGGAAUUACUUAGCACCUAACUGUGCCUCUCGGCUCUCCUCUAGUUCAUGACUUGCAAUAUGAACUCUUUUCACAUCAGCCUUUAAUUUGUUCUCCCCAAUGUACAAUCAGGGUUAUAUACUAAAAUGGCAAUUGUUGGGAAUUCAAAAUUAAUUUCAGAUUUUAUUCCAAAAUAGCUGAAUUGGGAAAUAAAGAACCUCCCAGCUAUGCUUCCAGUUGAGCUAUUUUGGUCUAAAACUUUCAAUUCACUUGGAAUUUUUGACAAUUCUAACUUUAGGGAGUAACUCUGUAUGUGUAUCCUGCGCUGAAUGUUUAACAUUUUGGUAAAGAGUUGCUUAAAAUCAAUUUUCAGAUUUCACCCAGGUGACAAACGAAUUGAUCUGGAAAGUAUAAAUUUGCCAAUAGGUAGGCACACUCAAAAUGCUGAUAAGGAACAGAAAAUAUCCAAACAGAAA